AAAAAAUCGGCCGAUUUUGCCGAUCGACCGAUUUUCGCGGCAAUUAGUGGGCAAAUCGGCCGAUUUUUUUUUUUACCGAUAAAAAAUCUGCGCAUGAGCAGUGACCUGCAAGAGGAAGACAAAAAGAAGAAAAAGAAGAAGAGGAAGAGGAUGAAGAAGAGGAUGAAGAAGAAGAAGAGGAAGAAGAGGAUGAAGAAGAGGAUGAGGAUGAAGAAGAAGAAGAGGAUGAGGAUGAAGAAGAAGAAGAUGAGGAUGAAGAAGAAGAGGAUGAUGAUGAAGAAGAAGAGGAUGAGGAUGAUGAAGAAGAGGAUGAGGAUGAGGAAGAAGAAGAGGAAGAAGAAGAAGAGGAUGAAGAAGAAGAAGAAGAAGAAGAGGAUGAAGAAGAAGAAGAAGAGGAUGAGGAUGAUGAAGAAGAAGAAGAGGAUGAGGAUGAAGAAGAAGAAG